UGGCCUCAGCCCUCUCUAUCUCUCCUUGCUCCUUUUCACUUUGACCAUUUUGAUGAAAUCGGAAGACCCUUUUCAAAUGCCUCAUCGAAUCUCGUUCCUGCCUCUCCUCCUCUGCUGAUGCUCCCCUUCCCAGUUAUGAUUGAGGGGCAGGGCAAUGGAUAGUUAUGAUGCUAGCAAGAACUACUAUUUUUGACUAUCCCCAGAUACAUACAUGGCUUCUGCUAACCGUGGGAAUGGAGGAGUCGGCAGUUCCAGAUCCAUUCAUGCCUUCAGCAAUUCAUCCAGUUCUGUUGACUGGCUUGGUAGAGAAAUGCUUGAAAUGAGAUUGCAAGAUCGGGUGGAACAUGAUGAGGGUAGAGACAGUGAACCAGACAUCAUAGAUGGUGUAGGCGCUGAAACAGGGCAUAUAAUAAGAACGACAAUUGGUGGUCGAAAUGGUCAAUCUAGGCAGAGAGUCAGUUAUAUUGCAGAGCAUGUGGUUGGAACAGGUUCUUUUGGUGUCGUUUUUCAGGCAAAGUGUAGAGAAAGUGGUGAAAUUUUUGCUAUAAAGAAAGUUCUCCAAGACAAGCGCUACAAGAAUCGGGAAUUACAGAUUAUGCAAAUGCUGGACCAUCCAAAUAUCGUGGCCCUCAAGCACUGUUUCUUCUCAACUACAGACAAGGAAGAGCUGUAUUUAAAUCUUGUGCUUGAAUUUGUUCCUGAAACUAUUAAUCGUGUGGCAAAGCAGUACAGCAGGACGAACCAGCGGAUGCCCUUGAUAUAUGUUAAACUCUAUACUUACCAAAUCUGCAGGGCGCUUGCAUACCUACAUGGUUGCAUUGGCAUUUGUCACCGGGAUAUCAAGCCUCAGAAUUUACUUGUGAAUCCACACACACAUCAAUUGAAGCUUUGUGACUUUGGUAGUGCAAAAGUUCUGGUGAAAGGAGAACCAAAUGUUUCUUAUAUUUGCUCAAGAUAUUACCGUGCUCCAGAACUCAUAUUCGGUGCAACUGAGUAUACAACUGCGAUAGACAUAUGGUCUGCAGGUUGUGUGAUGGCUGAACUACUUCUCGGUCAGCCCCUGUUUCCGGGAGAAAGUGGAGUCGAUCAAUUAGUUGAGAUCAUCAAGGUGUUGGGUACGCCAACCAGGGAGGAGAUAAAAUGCAUGAACCCAAACUACACUGAAUUCAAAUUUCCACAAAUAAAGCCUCAUCCGUGGCAUAAGGUUUUUCAGAAACGUCUACCCCCUGAAGCAGUCGACCUGGUUUGUAGGUUUUUCCAGUAUUCUCCAAACCUGCGUUGCACUGCUUUGGAAGCCUGUGUCCACCCUUUUUUCGAUGAAUUGAGGGACCCAAAUACUCGCCUUCCCAGUGGCCGCCCUCUUCCUCCCCUGUUUAACUUUAAGCCCCAAGAGCUCUCGGGCAUGCCACUCGAGAUGAUAAGCAGACUCAUACCCGAGCAUGCUCGCAAGCAGAACUUGUUCAUGGCUCUGGAUGCGUAGUGGAUUACUACGUCUGCGUUUAGUAUCUUCCCAAAAGGAUGGUGUCCAUCUGAAUAUGUAUUUAGAACUUGAAGUUGGUGAGCUGCGUAAUUCAUCUAUCCAGAUUGAUUGUCAGGCAUGUUUGCAAUUUAGUAAUGAGGAGCUCGGUGUGCUCCAAGUAAAUCUGCAAUGUGUUCACUUUUACUGCCUGCUGAAAUAUCGUUUGCAUUUCA